AAAAUGACUAACACAAAGGGAAAGAGGAGAGGAACCCGCUCUAUGUUCCCCAGGCCUUUUAGAAAACAUGGAGCUGUUCCUUUGGCCACAUACAUGCGAAUCUACAAGAAAGGUGAUAUUGUGGACAUCAAGGGAAUGGGCCCUGUUCACAAAGCAAGGCCCUCACAAAUGUUCCCAUGGCAAAACAAAACUGGAUGAGUCUACAAUGUCACGUAUGCAGUGGGCAUUAUUGUGAACAAGCAAGUUAAGGGCAAGAUUCUUGCCAAGAGAAUUAAUGUACGUCUUGAGCAUAUUAAGCCCUCUAAGAGCCGAGAUAGCUUCCUGAAACGUGUGAAGGAAAAUGAUCAGAAAAAGAAGGAAGCCAAAGAGAAAGGUAUCUGGGUUCAACUGAAGCGUCAGCCUGCUCCACCCAGAGGGGCACACUGUGUGAGAACCCAUGGGAAGGAGCCUGAGCUGCUGGAGCCCAUUCCCUAUGAAUUCAUGGCAUGAUAAGUGAGGAAAAAUAAAAAAGACUUCUGUGCUGAAAA